CGCAACCAUGGAGCUUCGAAGCUGUCUCUCGGCCCGGCCUUAAUCGCAGAGAGUCGCAUACACCUUAAGACACCUCACAAUAGCUCUGCGUACUCAGGAUGCUGUCAGCAUUCACGGCCCGGCCCAUAGUCGAGCUCAAGCAACGCGACAAGUCCAAGAUCGAGUCAAUCCUGGCCUAUGGCGACAGAGUGCUUGUAGGGCUGAACACAGGCUCGCUGCGCAUCUACCGUGUCAACGAGCCUACUGAAGAACCCGAGCCUGCCCCUGCCCAGAAUGGCCAUGAAACCGGGGAGCAGAACGGCGAGUCGCCGGACCAACCUACGACCCCUAAAAUCAAGCCUGCAGACCUCCUUCGCGAAGAAGAUAAGUUCUCUCGUCGCCCGAUACAGCAGCUAGCUAUCAUUAAAGAAGCAAACAUCCUUGUCUCCCUGUCGGACAGUCAUGUGUCUAUCCAUGAUCUACAGAGCUACACAUUGCAGGAGAAGCUGGAGAAGACGAGGGGUACCACAACAUUCGCCGUCACGAGUAACAUCGUUAAAGACCCCAGUACAGGCAUACCCUCUAUUGUGAGCAGGCUGGCCGUUGCUGUGAAGCGGAAGAUCAUUCUCUGGACAUGGCAGGACAUGGAGUUAACUGGGGAUGCGGUAGAGAUUACGCUCGUUGCGGCAGUCAAGAGUCUGACAUGGGCAACUGCUACGAAGAUUGUUGCAGGCAUGGACCCAGGAUUCGUCAUGGUGGAUAUAGAGAGCCAGGAAGUGCAAGACAUAAACAAGCCUGGUGCGUUGGGCGAAGCUGGUGGGCAAGGCGGCACAAGAUUUGGUGCCGUAUCGUCUUCGGGUAUGGGGUACAUGGGCAUGGGGAGUUGGGUGCCGAAGCCCAUGUCUACGCGGCUUGGAGAGGGCGAAAUGUUGCUCACAAAGGAUGUGAACAGCUUGUUCAUUGACACAGAUGGGAAUGCCUUGGAUAAGCGGCAGGUCCCGUGGCCAACUGCUCCGGAAGCCAUCGCAUACUCGUAUCCGUACAUGCUUGCCCUCCAAGCGCCAUCGAAAGGUGGUCUUGAGGUCAGAAACCCCGACACACUCAACCUUCUUCAAACGAUCGCCCUCCCGAACGCAAACUUCAUGCAUGUUCCUCAACCAAACAUUAGCUUAGCGCAUGCUGGCAAAGGAUUCUUAGUCGCCAGCGACCGAUGCAUAUGGAGGAUGGGAGCACAGAAUUACGAGUCGCAGAUCGACGAAUUGGUCCUUAACGGGCGAUACGAUGAAGCUAUUAGCUUGCUCGGCAUGCUUGAGGAUACGCUGCUCCAGGACAAAGAAGGGAGAAUGCGCGAAAUCAAGAUGCUGAAAGCCCAAGGACUCUUCGACCUGCGCAAAUACCGUGAAUCGCUUGAGCUGUUUUCGGAAGCAAAGGCUCCCCCGGAAAGAGUCAUUGCACUAUAUCCGAAGUCAAUUGCUGGUGAUCUUUCCUCGAUCAAAACCGAGAAGGAUGCGGAGCGAGAAGCAGGGCAAGAAGAACCAAACGCCGAAGACAGUGCUGAGGGCAGUAAGGUGGCGCCCUCUACACCGGCAUCACUGGUUGGACGAUCAAUGCUAGGGAGAUUCAGGGCGGAUCAGAAAAAGGCGGACUCUGAUACAGCCUCGGUCAAAUCACUUAAACAAGAUGAUGUUUCCGAUGCAGCUGGUACCAUUGGCAACCCCUCAGAACCAGCCCAGGCAGACAAACCCCUCGAAGGGAAGGACCUUAAGAUCGCUAUCAACGAACUAAGAGCUUUUCUAGCACAAUGCCGUGUCCAAAUAAAGCGCUACCUCAAUAUCAAUGGCACGCUCAAAGAACCCCUGCCAGCUCCGAGCGAAAGUCAGCCAGAAGACUACAAGCCGCCGUUCCACUACUUCAUACCUCAAUCUGUUCCUCCCGAACAAAUAGAUUGGGCGGCAAAACUCCUAGAGGUUGCGCAAUUGGUUGACACUACCCUCUUCCGCGCAUACAUGCUCGUUAGCCCCAGCCUUGCUGGGCCGCUCUUCCGUCUCGACAACUUCUGCGACCCAGAUGUCGUCAACGAGAAGCUGUAUCAGACUGGUCGAUACGCCGACCUGAUCGACUUUUUGCAUGGCAAGAAGCUGCAUCGUCACGCGUUGGAGCUGCUGGAGAAAUUUGGCAAGAACGAGGCGGACGAGGAAGUCUCACCAGCCCUUCAAGGACCUCGGCGAAUAGUCGGAUAUCUACAGCAACUCCCACCAGAGAUGAUAGAUCUGAUUCUCGAGUUCGCCGAGUGGCCGUUGAGGACAGAUCCAGGGCUUGGGAUGGAGAUUUUCCUCGCAGACACGGAGAACGCAGAGACUCUACCACGACAUAAGGUCUUGGAUUUCCUUCAGCAGAUCGACCUCAAGCUGGCUGUGAAAUAUCUCGAGCACAUUGUUGAGGAGCUGAACGAUCUCACCCCAGACUUCCAUCAACGGCUGAUCGACCUUUUUCUGGAGCGGUUAAAGGCCGGGCGGGAUCAAUUCGAGAAUGAUGAAGAGAGGGAAAGGUGGCGAGAGCGGCUCCAAACGUUCCUAAAGAGCAGCUCACAAUACAACAAAAUUCGGGUGUUCAAACAGCUCCCGCCUGAUGAUCCCGAAUACUACGAGUCCCGUGCCAUAGUGCUUAGUAAAAUGGGCUCGCACAAACAAGCACUCCAAAUUUACGUGUUCCAACUGAAAGACUACCAAAAGGCCGAAGAAUACUGCAACCAGAUCUAUCUCUCUACACCUCAGCCAAUCUCACCAACUAAAUCCUUUCAGCCGACCACGACCCUCCCGGCUACAUAUGAUCCCGAAGACUCGGAACCUUCCAUCUAUCACAUACUGCUUUCCCUCUACCUCACCCCACCAUCACCUCACCAACCCAACUGGCCACCAGCGCUGGACCUCUUGAGUAAACAUGGUGCUCGCCUCCCGGCGGCCACGACCCUCGAUCUCGUACCCCCAACACUCCCCGUCAAAGAACUAGAAUCCUACUUCCGCGGGCGGAUCCGCAAUGCAAAUUCAGUGAUGAACGAAGAACGCAUCGUGGCUCGUCUGCGUGGCGUCGAGAAAGUCGAAAUCGAGACAGCAGUAUUACUAGGCGAUGGCAGGGUGGAUAAACAUGGGAGGAGGGUGCCCGGUGGAUUGAAUAGAAGAGUAGUGAUUGAUGAAGAUCGACAUUGUGCGGUUUGCCAUAAGCGGUUUGGAGGCAGUGCGAUUAGGGUAUAUCCUGAUAAUAGCGUGGUACAUUCGGGGUGUUUGAGGGGGAGUGUUGCAGGGAAGAGGAAUACUAAUUCGUGGAGGUAGAGGGUUUGAGAAGAUGGCAUGGAAAUUGUAGAGCGGGGAAUGGGAGGUUGUGGAGAUGGAGAUGGAGAUGGAGAUGGAGAUGGAGAUGUAGAUGUAGAUGUGUACAAGAACAUUGGAAUACC